AGGCGGGGCUGAGGCCUGAGCGGCGGGCGCGCGAAGCUUUGUGGGGUGGGCAGCACUUCCGGCGGGACCGCACCGGGACCGGCACGGGAACAUGCGGGUGCGCGUGCGGAGUUGGCACGGUGUCGCGUCCUGGCUGUGGGUGGCGAACGAUGAGAACUGCGGGAUCUGCCGGAUGGCCUUCAACGGCUGCUGCCCCGACUGUGAGUGCGGGACCGGCACCGGCACCGGGCAGUGCGCACUGGGCGGGGCUGACGGUGUGUCCGUGCCGCAGUGUCUCCUGCAGGUGCUGUGCGUGACAGACGUGGCCGUGGAGCUGCCAGCGACUGCAGGAGCCCGUGCUGCUCUCCGGUGUAAGGCAGACGUGACUGCGUCGUUGGACCCCGUGGAAUGUGCAGAUGCCUGAGCCUGUGCUGGUGGCUCUGGGAUGACAAUAAAAAUUCAUUUUGACUGCACUUAUCAAGGUGCUGUGUUAAAUAACAAAACAGUUCUUGAAAACAAAAAAAAUCAUAAUAAAAAAUCACCGUUUAGAAUAAUCUCCCAUCUCCAAGCCAAAAAAAUGCAAUAAAAUUAAAGACUGUCAAAACAUCAAAACUGAGAAAAGGAGCUGUCUUUUGAUAAGGAAAUAAUAAAAACACCCCAAAGAGUGUCUACUCCAUAGUGGAUUUGGGGGUCUGUGGUAUAUUUCAUUUGGUGAUGAAAGCACUUUGAUGUCACUGUAUUCCAAACAUUUGUAUUACUGUAUUGUUAUUGUUAUAAUUUUAAACAACCUGAUGAUUUCCAUUACUAACGGCUUACGCUUUGAA